AUGGUGGCCGGGACAGGUCACGUUAGCGUUGGCGAUCCAGAGCCGCGGCCGCAGAAACCGCGGAAAAAUAUAGUUUUCUUCCUUACUUUUACACUCUUUCUAUGUUCACUUCUCUACCAUAAGGCUUUUCAUGUCACAAAGAUAUCGCUGCCGCAAUUUCGAAACGUUUCCGCGGUUGAGUCGCCUCUGAUCGCUGCCGAACAAGAAUUUGUCCACACCGAUACGUUUGAGGCAGAAGAUAGGAGAAAUUUGGCAAGAAUCCUGAGAGAAGCGUCAAUGGAAGAGAAGACGGUGAUCGUAACAAUGAUGAAUGAGGCUUACGCGGAGCCAAACUCGACAUUCGAUGUGUUCCUCGAGGGCUUUCAAGUAGGCGAAGGCACUGAGAGGCUGCUCCGUCACGUGGUGGUGGUGUGUGUGGACGAGAAAGCCUAUUCACGGUGCUUGGAGGUCUUUCCUCGCCGUUGCUUCUUCUUGAGGACUACCGGAAUGGAUUUCUCCGGCGAGAAACUGUUUAUGGCGCCGGAUUAUCUCAAGAUGAUGUGGCGCAGAACAGAGUUCUUGGCUUCGUUGCUUAAGCUUGGAUAUAACUUCCUCUUCACGGACAUGGAUACAGUGUGGCUUCGAGAUCCAUUUCCUCGAUUGGCUGCGAAUGUAGAUUUUCAGAUCGCUUGCGACAUCUUCAACGGAAAUGUCAGUGACGCUCGCAAUUCAGCCAAUGGUGGGUUCAUAUUCGUCAAGGCCAACCGCAGAACAAUUGAGUUCUACAACUAUUGGUAUGAGUCCAGACUUAGAUUCCCUGGCAAAAAUGAGCAGGACGUGAUUAAUCGGAUCAAAUACGAUCAAUACAUCAACAAAAUCGGGCUCNAGAUGGAGUAUUUAGACACGAACGACGUUGGAAAUUUCUGCCAACCAGACUGGGAUAUUACCAAAGUCUGCAUAAUGCAUGGGAACUGUUGCAUUGGACAGGAUAAUAAGCUCAAGGAUUUGAGACAAGUUCUCGAGGACUGGACGGAAUUUUUGUCCAAUAGCAGUCAGAAAAGAGGAUUUCGACAGCCGAUGAAUUGCCGGAGAAGUCUCAGGCGGGUUGUUCGCAAAAGGAGAGGUUGA